AUGGCUCCCUUGAAUAUACGCGAUCUGUCUGGAAGCCAACAAGAGCUAAGUACGGGCGCUUUAGUUGGAAUCCUCACGAGCGUAGGAAUCGUAAUCUUAGGCCUUCUCCUUGGCCUUACAUGGCUCCUUGUCCGAGCUGUCAGAACUCACAAACGACUACUUUCAGACUUUGAACAGCGUAGAGUCAACAUAGGUCGUCCGCGGAUGACCGAGAACGAUCAUACGCUUAUUACGAGACCUCGCGCAGUUCUGAGACGCAACUCCUUCCUCCCGUUCAACUCGCAAUCCGGAUGGGGUACACUUCCGUCACACGAGACCAUCCCAAAUCCCGUGCCUCCCCCACCUCUUCCACCACUACCAGUGACUGCGCCGAAGUGGACCGAUCAGGACAAACGAGUCAGUCGUCUGUCAUGGCCCUUUCCGGGGCGCAGAAAGUCGGGUCGCGCUUUGCAGCUGAAAAAACUUCGAGUGGCGCCUCUAUCAGCUAUUGUUGAAAGUCCGAAGGCGUCUGCUCUGGUGCCCAUCUUGAAUGGACCUACACAAGGACGUUCGUCAGCGUCGAUAGGGACUAAAAGUCGGCCAAACUCUGAUCAGUCACUCCUCAAACACCAUCCGGCUCUGCGAGGAAACUGGGAAGGAAACUCCGCAGGAACAAGCCGCCGUAGAGAGGAUAUGGAUACUAAGACGACAGAUACCCAGAAUAUUACUCUAGCAAAGCGCUACAGGCUGAAUAGGUCCAAGUCGGUCGCCGCAAUUCCUAUAAAAGAUCCAUCGAAUCAGUUGACCAGCUUCGAACGCCCCCAAUUGCACCAGAGGUCCAUGAGUCUUGGUAGUCAAGCAUCUGGGCUUGCACCAGAUGCUCCUAUGCCACCAUUGCCUUUGGAAGUCGCCCGAAUCAAAUCGGAGGCAAAGCGCAAAAGCCUGCUUGCGCGAAGCCCAUCCCGCUUCUCCAUCUCAAGUUUUGAGUCUGCUGGAAGCUCGAUCCUCGCCACCCAUUCCAGCCCAAUUGUCAAACAGAACAAUCUCCAUUUGCAAAAAGUCACAAAAAGGCACUCGGUUUGUCUCGGACCACGGCCCUUCCGAGACACGCUUACGCUUCACGGACGCAACCCACGUUCUUCCCAAAGUUCGAUCAAGAGUAACGUAGCGCAUUACAGUGUUACCACAACGCCGUCCAGUAAGCGACAGUCCACUGUGUCCAAUAAGCGACACUCUGCUGUCGAGGGUAUGACUUCGAGAGAGAACAGCGGUAAUAUCCGGACUCUUGCAAAUUUCAGAUCAUCAGACUCAGCACGAUGGAAACGAGCUUCACUUGCAUCGCCGGCAAGCAGUACUCGUACUGUGCGAAGCAUGACAACUCCAAGACGGCAUUCUGGAAUCACGGUUACUGCGUUUGGAUCACCUCAGGAGCGAAAAAAGACUUCCGCCCUUCGCGAUGUCUCAGGGAAUCAAGGGCCGCCAACGCGCCAGUUAUCGCAAGCUUCAACUCAGGCUUCAUCAACACGCAGCAGCAACGGCAAUCCAUUUCAAUGGGAUCCUGCACCUCUCCUAUCUGGAAAACCUUCUGCGUUGAAAGGCAGUCCUAGUGCUCGAAAGGGACAUCGGAGACAGAAUUGCGUACGCAUAUCACUCGCACCUACAAUACUUGGGCCUCCAAGCAGGUCGCCUAGUCCUUGUCCGUCGGCAAUGAAUGACAUCCAAGAGGAAUCUCCCGACACAUCCCAAAAGGCAGCCUCGCAUUCCGUCAUUGGGUUCUCAAACACAAGAUCUCUUCCGCGACCACCAAGCUCGUCGGUCUUUGCCCCAGAUCUGAAGCUGAAUCCUUCAUUCCGAACAUCACUGACUCCAAGCUCACCAACUCUGUCACUAGCAACUUACCGUAUGGAAAAUACAGAGUCUCCACAGCUUGGCCAGAAUAAGAACCCCGGGAACCGCACACGCGACUCGAGCCGGCUAAGUACCGGCUCGAUAUCGAGCAUCCCGAUAUUUCCUAGUCCGUGUCAUGAUAUCGGAUCCAUUCGCAGUAUAGCAGAAGCUCCGCCUACGUUCGCGUUCUCGCGACCAUCCAAUGAAUACGCGCAGGAGAUCAGGACGCCGGACUCUCCAAUCGCUCCAUCGUCACCAUUUGACUCGAUCAUUCCAGAUUCGACAUCCUCUCGAAGAAUACCAGAGCACGUAGAGAAGUACAAUCCGGAUACACCGCAUCUCGGGUUCUCAACAGCUGCUAUCAGCUCACCAACGCAAUUUUCUUCGCCUUUUACGCCGGCUUCUAACGAUUUCGCUUCCAAAUCUUGCGAUAGUAAGAAACACAGCAGAUCUCCAUCAGAUUCUCCUCCCUGCUCUCCAAAGACUAUUCGGCCUCAUGCAUUCCUACCGAUAUCUGCUACCCGGCCUCCACUUGUAUUCAACUCAGAAUACCAGCCUUCUCCGAGGGAUGGAUCGUUGCUAGAUACCAUUGAUCCUGCAGUUCUAAACAACGAUAUCUUUACCAGCCCCACUAGCGGGAUAAGUAGAAGUCUUUUGAACUCCCCAACUUGCAAUACCACACACAAUGCUCAUGAUUGGAAUGCGACAACGGUAUCUACGCUCCUCGAUCCACUCCAUGAAAUCACAAUUACCUCUCAGCCUCGUACUUGGUCUACACCCCCAAAGGUAGCUCCCUUAACUUAUGCACGGUCACAUUCGCACUCUCAAUCCGCACUCCAGCCCCCAACCUUUCGACCGCAAUUCCCCCUCAGCUUCAAUCUCAAUCUACGUCUUGAUCCUCCUACAGCUUCCAAUAAUGAAACCCCCGAAUCACCAACCUCAGUCUACUCCUCUCCAUCCGCCACGGCUCCAUCGUCUCCACGUCCGGCGCACGCCUCACUUCCUGUAGCUCUACCCACAAAGUUGACUCGGCUAUCCCAAACUACCAUUCCAACUCUCUCACACACUCCUAUGGGCCCACGCGCUAGUCCCCCAAAAGACCUCCGCCGCACGGUUGCCGAACUGCGACGUAUGAAUUCAGACGCAGAGAGGGGAGGCCAUGGGGAGCGACGAUACCUACGUUUAGGGCGAGAGGCGACUCUCCCGGGUUUGAGCGCGGUUGGCGACGAUAGCCUGUGGGAUGAUAGUGUCCUGGAGACAGAACGGCAACUGUCAGACGUGCACGAGAAUUGGGAAGACGCGAUCAUCGCCGAAGACGGAGAGGCUGAGACUGGGGACGAAGGCGAUCAGGCCUUCAUUGAAGUUGCGGAAACGAACGGCGAUGUCCAAGCCAACGGAGCGGUUAAAGGUCCCCCAGAGCCAGACUUUGACCUCGAUACCAGCAUCUCGAAGUCCUUCUACAACAGCAACGUCCAGGAGAACCGAUCUAGUUCUGUUUGGGAAGAUGGCGAGCGUUUCUGGCACUCGACGCCGCCCCGCCCACGCGAGGCGCAGACUCCUACGCCCUCUCCUUCACCGUCACCAGUCGCGAGGCCAGAACCGCUUCGAGUGAGCAUGGCCCAGAAGCGAGCUAGCAGGAAGUCGUUUGUUGUGAGGCCAGAUGACGGGGAUACGGAUGUUGGUGCUAAGGCCGCUAGUGGUAGUACGAAGAGGGUGUGUAGAGCGAGAGCAAAUACUAGCGGGACGGGUACAACGAACGGGAUUGCGAGGGUCAGUAUACAGAUACAGCCGCCAAGUGAGAGGGGGACACCAGGGAGUCUGUAUGAUGCACAGGGAUUUUUGAGGUAGUAGGAGGGGACGAGAUGAUUGAUAGGGGGUAUUUGUCACGCUCUUUCAUUUUUCAUAUGUAGCUUAAUCAUUAUUUUUGGGUUUAUAGGACACUUAAUGCAGUAAC